AGUGUACGGACAAAAUACUGAUCUUUUUAUAUUGAAAAAAAAACGAAUAAUUAAGCACAGCAGCAGCACUGAUAUGGAUGGACUAAUAAUAAAUUUGAGUAAAAGAUUCCUCUCAAGGUCCAAAACCAUUGAACCGUUCAUCUCUUCCACAUAAAACAGAACAACCACCAAAAGCCGAUGUGACAUGUACUUGGCAAAAACUCCAUAUCAAUAAUCAAACAGAAGAAGAAUCAAGAACGCCAAAGAAAAAGAAAAAAACACACACACAUACACACAAAAGGUUAUUCAAUUUACCUAAAAUGGGAUUAAAAGAGCCACAAUAUUCUCUAAGUCAGAGGAAGAUCUCUGUUCUUAUAGUCUUAUUGUUUAUACCAGUUGCUCUGUUUCGAAUCUGUUUCAACAACCCAUUCUCAGUCAUUGAUGAUGACACCACGCUCCAAGACUCUACCGCACACGUUGUGAUCACUAGCUACUCUUCUUCAUCUUCUUCUCAAGGUAACUUUUGAAAUGAUUCAAUAUGGUUUUGUAUAUAUACGGAUGAUUUUAAGUAUAUAUAUAUUGUGUCUAUAUGCAGAAGAAAAAACUCAAGAGAAUUUUGAUCGUAAAACGGAAGAAUCUUUAUGUGAUUAUACAAAAGGCAAAUGGGUCAGAGACCAUAAGGGUCCACUCUACAACGGCUCGAGCUGUGGAACAAUCAAAGAUGGCCAGAACUGCCUACGCCAUGGUAGACCAGAUUCUGGUUACCUUUACUGGAAAUGGAAACCAAACCAAUGCGAUAUACCGAGAUUCGACGCUAACCGGUUUCUUGAUCUUAUGAGAGACAAACAUCUAGCUUUUAUCGGCGACUCCAUGGCUAGAAACCAGCUCGAGUCUCUUAUCUGCUUGCUCUCUACCGUCUCUACCCCUGAUCUUGUUUACAGAAACGGAGAAGAUAAUAAAUUCAGAAGGUGGCGUUUCGAGUCUCACAACGUCACGGUCUCGGUUUACUGGUCCCCGUUUCUUGUGGCCGGUUUAGAGAAAUCAGGAAAAUUGGACCACAACGUGCUGCACGUAGACCGUGUGAACGAGAGAUGGGGUAAUGAUUUAGAACGUUUUGACACGGUAGUGGUCUCUGUAGGACAUUGGUUUUUACAUCCAGCGGUUUAUUACGAGUCCGGUUCGGUUUUGGGAUGUCAUUCUUGCGAGGCAAGUAACUGUACCGAGAUAGGGUUUUUCGAUAUCUUUCGAAAAGCAAUAAGAACGACGUUGAAGGCGGUGGCAAGAAACCGCCGCGAGGUGAUCUUGACGACGUUUUCGCCGUCUCACUUCGAAGGCCGGCCUUGGGACAGUCUCGGCGCGUGUAACAUGACGGAACCGUACGAGGAGGGGAAGGUUCUAGAAGGUUUGGACUUGGAGAUGAGGCGGAUAGAGAUGGAGGAAGUUGCGAGCGUGAGAGAAGCUAAGGGAGCGGAGGUGAGAUUAGAAGCGUUGGAUGUGACGGCGAUAUCGGUGUUGAGACCAGACGGACAUCCUGGUCCGUAUAUGUAUGAGUUCCCGUUCAAGAACGGUGUUCCGGAGAGAGUUCAUAAUGAUUGUUUACAUUGGUGUUUGCCUGGUCCGGUUGACACGUGGAAUGAGAUUAUGAUAGAGAUGUUGCGGCGAUGGAGGGUCUAAAUGAUGAAGGAUGAUGGUGGUGAUAUUAUACAUGCAUAUGUCAAAGGUGUAAUCAUUUUUAUUUGAACUUUAGGUAGUUUCUUUUCUUGGAUUAGAUAAAAGCAUGGGGAUUAUUUCUUUUUGGUGGUUGUUAUUUUCAUUCUUUAAACGAUGGAGGAGAACAAAAGAUAGUUGGCUUUAGUUAGAUCAAGAUUCGAGAAGCACAUGCUUCAUUUUCCUGUGUUCUGUAGUGAUCAACCUCAAUCACUAGAUUACACCGAAUAUUUCAAUUAUCAGGACUUGCAUACACUGUAUGUACAUUAGCAACUAGCAAGGCCGUAGAUGGUAUAGCUGCGUAUAUGAUUACAAUUUCACUUGUUUUUGGUUUAGUUUAUUUUAAGGGCUAAGUAUAAUUCCACUUGUU